GAUAAAUGAGGAGAAGGAAUGUACAGAGCCCCUUCUUCAGGAAAACUCAUCAUAUUUUUUUUUUUAUAAAUUCUAUAAUCGAACAAGUGACAGAGAUAAAGAAAAAAGCUGUUAAAUGCCCACAACAAUGAUGUCAUAACAAAAUGUUUCUGGGUUUUCUUUGAUCAAGAAAUGUUUAGAACCCAUUUUCACAGCUUUCAUUUCUUUCUCCUACAAUUUACAGGAGAAUGAAAUUACAAAUAUUCACAUAGUAGGCACCUUUACAAAACAAAACAUUUUGUGUACAUACCUAUACAUAUAUCGGGAGAGGGGGGGAGAGAGAGAGAGAGAGAGAGAGAGAGUUGUGGGUUGAAGGGGAGGAUGGGUGAGGUGAAAGAAGAGGGAAAUGAGAGGGACUCAAUAGGGUCACCAAGAUUAGUGCAGACCAACUGGUUGACAAAUUUUCAUAGAGAUCUAGUGGCUGGGGCUGUCAUGGGUGGUGCUGUUCACACCAUUGUUGCACCUAUUGAGAGGGCUAAGCUUCUUUUGCAAACCCAAGAUAGCAAUAUGGCUAUUUUAAGUGAUCGCCAUAAGAGGUUUAAGGGAAUGUUUGAUUGUAUUGUUAGGACUGUCCGAGAUGAAGGUAUUUUAUCUCUUUGGAGAGGCAAUGGUAGCAGUGUUCUUCGGUAUUACCCUUCGGUUGCUCUCAAUUUUUCUCUUAAGGACCUUUAUCGCAAUAUCCUACGUAGUGGAUUCUUCGAAGAGGGUCAUUUUGCAACCGGUGCUUCUGCCAACUUCAUUGCCGGAGCCUGUGCUGGUUGUACAACCCUGAUCAUCAUCUAUCCUCUAGAUAUUGCACACACCCGUCUAGCUGCAGACCUUGGAAGAGGCGAGGCUCGUCAGUUUAGAGGUAUAUACCAUUUUCUUAGUACUAUAAGACAAAAGGAUGGAAUUCGAGGGAUCUACAGAGGGCUCCCUGCAUCUCUGCAAGGAAUGGUUGUUCACCGAGGCCUUUAUUUUGGUGGAUUUGAUACUAUAAAAGAGAAAAUGUCUGAAAAUCCAGAGUUAGAGGUGGCUUUGUGGAAGCGAUGGAUAGCUGCUCAAGCAGUCACUACAUCUGCUGGAUUGAUCUCAUAUCCGCUGGAUACUGUUCGGCGGAGAAUGAUGAUGCAAUCUGGCUUGGAAAAGCCUAUGUACCGCAGCACGCUGCAUUGCUGGAAGAAAAUUUACAGGACAGAAGGGAUCACCUCAUUCUACCGUGGAGCUCUUUCAAACAUGUUUAGGAGUACCGGUGCUGCUGCAAUACUUGUUCUAUAUGAUGAAGUGAGGAAGUUCAUGAACUGGGGUAGAUUGUAGUAGGAUCCUUUUUUUUUUUUUUUUGGUCUGCUUUCACAGGUCAGGGACAGGUUUAGAGUAGGGCUAAAAAUAUGAUACAUAAACCGCUCUUUAGCUAGCGUAAAGGAGUUCAGAUCAUACACCUGGGGAUUUUUCAUAACAAAUAAAUUUAAAGUUAGAGAGAUAUGUUUAUCUGAAUCUUUACUAUUC